GGUUUAGUCAAUCGAGAUACGUGGUUGAUGUUGGUCGUGUUUUUCGCAUAGCUAUCCACUUAUAAAUAAAUAUAUAUAUAUAUACAUGCAACAACAACAACACACACAUAGAUGACAAAGCGUUACACCUAACGAAAUAUUGUUAACAACAAAUUGCGCGUGUGAGUGACCCAAAUAUCGAUCAAAAUAAACAAAAGAGCCAUUGCGAAAUAGAUAAAAAGGCAAUCGAAUUGCAUGCACCGAAUACAAUACAAAUACAAAUACAAGCAAAAUUGAAGUCAAACCCAAUUGCACCUCACCCACACCAGCAGAACAGCCCAAGGAUUAUGUUCUCUUGCUGCGUUGCGUGAGAGUGUGUGUGUGUCUCAGUGCAACAGUGCAUCAGUGUGUGUGCAAUGCAAAUUGUUUAAACAACAAAUCCGAUUCCCACAUAUAGUGCAAUAAAUUCGUGACCCACUUUCAAUCAAAAUACAAAAGUGAAAAUAUACUAAGCAAGCCAAAAAGUGUUUAUACAUCUCGUUUCAAUUCAACGCACACAAUCAAGCUUAUAUAUAAAGUAUAUAAAAAAGUCCUACCUCUAUCCAGGCAAACCAACCAAAAGUUUAUAAAGAAAUCAUCCUUUUUGCUGUCUACUCUACAUAUAAAUAAAUAUACAUACAUAUAUCUCACUCACCUCGUCAAAGUACCUGCAAAAAAAAGUAACAAUUUAAGCAAAAGUAAAAUUAAAAAUAAACAAAGCAAAAAGGAAAACAUCUUAUCAAAUGCAAAAUAAAUGUCAAGGAACACACAGCGAGUUUGUUAAAUGAUUUUCUUGUAAAGGAAAUCGAUCAAUUAACAAUAAAAAAUUACACAUCUUCUAAAGAACCAAACAAUUCCAAACAUUUAUAAAAUACAUUUCUUUCAAAGAAAGUAAAACAUAAAUAGUUGUAAAAGCAAGUAAAACACCAUUAAAUUACUGUGUUAAACGAAUAUUAAAUAUGUCAAGAUAUUACGAUACAUUUUAACUAUCGACGUUGAAAUCAAAUACAAGCAAAUACAAUUUGUUGUCAGAACCCCAAAUAUUCUGUUCAACAAUUGGCCUUAACAAUGUUGCAAAUAACAAAUCUGCAAAAAUUAAGUGCAAAAACCAGACCACCGUAUGUUAACCGCAACCUAUUUUACUACCAAAUUUAAACCAACUCUGCAACACAAGUGCUGGUAAUUGAGCCAACUAAAGCGAAAAACAAUUUAACCUUCCGUCCAGGAAAUAAAACAACAAAGGAUAACUCUUCGGUCUUCUAAAAACGGAAGUUUAAAACCGAAACCGAAAAAACCAAAAUCACUCGCCUUGAAUUCUACGCAAAAUAAAACGUACAUGAAAUGUUAUUAGAAAUGGAUCAGCAACAGGCGACCGUACAGUUUAUAUCGUCGCUGAAUAUAUCGCCGUUCAGCAUGCAGCUGGAGCAGCAGCAGCAGCCCUCCAGUCCCGCUCUGGCCGCCGGUGGCAACAGCAGCAACAACGCGGCCAGCGGUAGCAACAACAACAGCGCCAGCGGCAACAACACCAGCAGCAGCAGCAACAACAACAACAACAAUAACAACGACAAUGAUGCACACGUUCUAACGAAAUUCGAGCACGAAUACAAUGCCUACACGUUGCAGUUGGCCGGAGGCGGUGGGAGUGGCAGCGGCAAUCAGCAGCACCACAGCAACCACAGCAACCACGGCAACCACCACCAGCAGCAGCAGCAACAACAGCAACAGCAGCAGCAACAUCAGCAGCAGCAGCAAGAACACUACCAGCAGCAACAGCAACAGAAUAUCGCCAACAAUGCCAAUCAAUUCAACUCCUCGUCCUACUCGUAUAUAUACAAUUUCGAUUCACAGUAUAUAUUCCCGACAGGCUACCAGGACACCACCUCCUCACACUCGCAACAGAGCGGAGGAGGCGGUGGCGGCGGCGGUGGCAACCUGCUAAACGGCAGCUCCGGCGGCAGCUCCGCCGGCGGUGGCUACAUGCUGCUCCCCCAGGCGGCCAGCUCCAGUGGCAAUAAUGGCAAUCCGAAUGCCGGCCACAUGUCCUCCGGUUCCGUGGGCAAUGGCAGCGGAGGCGCUGGCAAUGGCGGAGCGGGCGGCAACUCCGGUCCCGGCAAUCCCAUGGGCGGUACGAGCGCCACGCCGGGACACGGCGGCGAGGUGAUCGACUUCAAGCACCUGUUCGAGGAGCUUUGCCCCGUGUGUGGCGACAAGGUGAGCGGCUACCACUACGGCCUGCUCACCUGCGAGUCCUGCAAGGGAUUCUUCAAGCGCACCGUGCAGAACAAGAAGGUCUACACCUGCGUGGCGGAGCGGUCGUGCCACAUCGACAAGACGCAGCGCAAGCGGUGUCCCUACUGCCGAUUCCAGAAGUGCCUCGAGGUGGGCAUGAAGCUAGAGGCUGUUCGAGCGGAUAGAAUGCGUGGUGGACGCAACAAAUUCGGACCCAUGUACAAACGGGAUCGCGCGCGGAAGUUGCAAGUGAUGCGGCAGCGGCAGUUGGCGCUGCAAGCGCUGCGCAACUCGAUGGGUCCGGACAUCAAGCCAACGCCGAUCUCGCCGGGCUACCAGCAAGCAUAUCCAAAUAUGAACAUUAAGCAGGAAAUUCAAAUACCUCAGGUAUCCUCACUCACCCAAUCUCCGGACUCGUCGCCCAGCCCCAUAGCAAUUGCGUUGGGACAGGUGAACGCGAGCACGGGCGGUGUUAUAGCCACGCCCAUGAACGCCGGCACUGGCGGCAGUGGGGGCGGUGGUCUGAACGGACCAAGUUCCGUGGGCAACGGCAAUAGCAGCAACGGCAGCAGCAACGGCAACAACAACAGCAGCACGGGCAACGGAACGUCCGGAGGAGGAGGUGGCAAUAAUGCGGGCGGCGGAGGAGGAGGAACCAAUUCCAACGAUGGCCUGCAUCGCAACGGCGGCAAUGGCAACAGCAGUUGCCACGAGGCUGGAAUAGGAUCUCUGCAGAACACGGCCGACUCGAAAUUGUGGUAUUUAGCCCAAAAGCCAGAACAAAACUCAAUGAAUAUUCGAACUCAAACCAAAUUAAACGACAAACGAACUUCAACAAACAUUGAAAAGAAACUUUCGUUACAUAAGCAUAUUUGUGGAAAAGGAUUCAACCUGAUCAUGCAGCAAGUCUUCGAUUCUGGCACACAUCCAUCGAGCACAGCCGACGCGCUAAUCGAGCCAUUAAGAGUCUCACCGAUGAUUCGUGAAUUUGUGCAAUCUAUUGACGAUCGGGAAUGGCAGACGCAACUGUUUGCCCUGCUGCAGAAGCAAACCUACAACCAGGUGGAAGUGGAUCUCUUCGAGCUGAUGUGCAAAGUGCUCGACCAGAAUUUGUUCUCGCAAGUAGACUGGGCACGGAACACCGUCUUCUUCAAGGAUCUGAAGGUCGACGACCAAAUGAAGCUGCUGCAGCAUUCCUGGUCGGACAUGCUUGUUCUGGAUCACCUGCAUCAUCGAAUCCAUAACGGCCUGCCCGACGAGACGCAACUGAACAAUGGUCAGGUGUUCAAUCUGAUGAGUCUGGGUUUGUUGGGAGUGCCACAGCUGGGCGAUUACUUCAACGAGCUGCAGAACAAGCUGCAGGACCUGAAAUUCGAUAUGGGCGACUAUGUCUGCAUGAAAUUCCUAAUCCUGUUGAAUCCAAGUGUACGGGGUAUUGUCAACCGGAAGACCGUCUCCGAGGGACAUGAUAAUGUGCAAGCCGCUUUGCUGGACUACACCCUCACCUGCUAUCCGUCAGUGAAUGACAAAUUCAGAGGGCUAGUUAACAUCUUACCGGAAAUCCAUGCCAUGGCCGUUCGCGGCGAGGAUCACCUGUACACCAAGCACUGUGCCGGCAGUGCGCCCACCCAAACGCUGCUCAUGGAGAUGCUGCACGCCAAGCGCAAGGGAUAGAGGCCGGGAGAACGUGACACGGAAUACUUAAUCAUUUAUGAAAUGUAAAUAACAAGGCGGGAAGGCCCUCGGGGCAACCGGGUCAUGGAAGGCGAACGAAGGAUACAGCAGAAUUCCGUAUUAUGAAUAUGGGAAUGCAUCAUCACUACUACCACCAACUAUCACACCUAUACACACACAUGCACACAUUUGUUGAUUCAAUGUUAAUUAUUAUUACGUUUACGGUUAGGUCUAGUUUACGUUUAACUAAUUAAUUAAUUUGUCUUAAAUUAAUUCGUGUUUUAUUUGUAGUCCCUGAUAAAGCAAUUUUAAAACACUUGAACCUAAACGAGAAUAUGUAGUAGAUGUAUGGAUUUAAAUUUAAAUACGGCAAGGAGAAACACACUUUUUUAGGCAUUACAAAACAAAAGAAGCAUGAGAAAUUUUAUUUUUAUAUACCUAUAUGAAUACGAUACUUAUGGAUACAAAUCUAUAUAUAUUUUUAUGUAAAUUGGCGUACUUUUAGCGUCCUACAUAUUUUUUAAUUAGAAUUUGGUUAUACUAUAGUUUUGAAAUUAGUAUCGUUCCCACUUGAAGAUCGAUUCUUGUAUUUUUUUGCGCCAAGUGUCUUGCAUAGUAUUUGCGUCUAAUCUAAUGGCAACAAAAAAAAUAUUGGAAAAUCCAUACAAAGAAAAUGAAAACAAAGCAAAUUUAGGUGUUCAUGGUAUGAAUGUAUGUGUAUAUUAUAAUUGUAAUUUCAUCUAAGUGUAAGAAAACAAUGCAAACAACUACCUACAACAAGAUAAUGAAGAGCAAGAAAUUAUAUAAAUUAAUAAAGGUCGUGUUAAAAACUAUAUAGAAAAUAUAUACUUACAUGUAUAUUUAAAUUUAGCAGCGAGUUUCAACUAUUUGUAAAUUUCAACCAAGAUGUAAUUGUUUCAAUGUCAACAACAAACAAAUUGUAAAGCUUAUAUUUAAAAUACAAAAUAUAUUUUGUGCAAGGAAAGCGAUAAAAUCCAAUUAUAACAAUUUAAAAAAAGCUGUAUAACACUUUAAAACUAAAAGUAAAAGAUGUUUAGUCAUGAAUUUGGGCAAUGAGGCGGAAAAGAAAUCGAAUUAAAGAAGAACUUGAAUAUUGUAAAAAUCAAAAUCGGAAUAAACAAACCAAAUAAACUAUUUUUAAUGAAUAUCUAUUAAUGGGUCAACUUUUAAUUCGAAUAUUAAGUUACCUGGCAAAGGAUUCAAAAAUUGUUCAAUUAGUUAAUGUAAUGACCCAAAAGCUUCUCGGAAUUUCAAAAUUUGCAUUUAAUUUGUUCGGAUCUAAUCAUUGCCUUAAUUCUCGCCUAGGCAUUGCGCUUAAACAAAACGUACCUUAUAAAAUUAAAAAAAAGUUUAAGCUCUAAAUUCAGUAAACAGAAACAAAUUACCACACACAUUUCAAAUUUAAAGGCAGCGUGUAAAAAAAAACAAACGUUUAACGAGGUGUAAAAAAUCAGAGGUAGCAGAAAGAUUCACGAAAAUAAUAUAAAAUUCUGGCAGACGCAAGUUUAGUAGGGGACAAAAAAUACAAAAAACGAAAGCACGACAACAUCUAUAUAGGUUUGCCUAGGUAUAUAAUAUAUAUUUAGGUCUCUAGCUGGUAUGUCUAACUUCUAUAUGUAUUAUAAAGUGUAAAAAAGUAAAGAAAAUAUGGGUAAAUAAUGUAAAAGUUGGCAAUGCGAGUUGGCUAGAUAGUGGAUCAGUUAUAUUUAAUGAUUAUAAGUAAAGGGCAAAAUUGUUGACGUCUAACGUAACGCUGGCGGCAUGUUGUUGAAAACACGUUAAAAAAAAAAGGGAGGAGAUGAAGGGAUCGAUAUACACAUACAAAUAUAUAAAUGUUUAUUCAGGUAUGAAUGGCGUUAGGUAUGUUUAUUGUAAAAUUGAUUACGAUGUGAACCUGUUAUUGCAAAUGAAAAGUGAUUUUAACUAUUAAGAAAUCUAUAUAUAUACUAUAAACCCAUAAAAAGUAAAAGGAUCUAACAGUUAUACAUUAAAUGAUUAAUAUAAAUGCAAGCAACACACACACUUUAAGUUUGAAAAACUGUUAAAAAUGCAAAAAAAAAAAAUCAUUUAACUAGAAACAAAACUACCUAAAACUACAAUGCAUAUUUGAUCAAUUGA